UUGACAUGGACGGUAAACCUGACAACAUCAGCUUCAUGAUCAAGCGUGUUAAGGUUCACACUGAGGAUGCGCUAGAAGAUCCAGAGUAUAGGUUUCCAGGCAAUUACGGUGUCGAGAAGUUUCUAGAAAUAUUCUCAGAGGAGGAUUAUGACGCCUUCUGCCUGGCGUACAUGUUCACAUACAGGGACUUCGAGGGGGGCACCCUCGGCCUGGCCUGGACGGGAGACCUCAAGAAUGCUGGAGGGGUCUGCGAGAAGAACGGGCUGCAUAUAUCGGCACUCAACAAAGAUGGACAUUAUCGAGGAAGUUUCAAGAGCUUAAACACCGGAGUGAUCACCCUACUGAAUUACGGAAAGCAUGUCCCACCUGCUGUGUCCCAUGUUACUAUGGCCCACGAAAUGGGACACAAUUUUGGGUCUCCGCAUGAUCCUGAGACCGUAUCUGAGUGUGUCCCUGGCGGAGAGAAUGGGAACUAUAUAAUGUUUGCCAGAGCAACCUCCGGUGAUAAGAUGAAUAACAAGAAGUUUUCUCCCUGCAGCCUCAACAGUAUAAACCAGGUUCUGGAGGCUAAAGCUAGAGGACAUAAAGGAUGCUUUAAAGAACCACAAAUGGCAAUCUGUGGUAACGGUGUGGUAGAGGAGGGGGAGGAGUGUGAUUGUGGUUGGGAAGAGGAUUGUUUAGAGGAUUGCUGUUGGCCACAGAGAACCAAAUACGCGGCAAAUCAGCUGCCGUGUACCCUGAAACCUGGACGUGUCUGCUCUCCUAGCCAGGGUCCCUGCUGCAGUAGGGACUGCUCCUACAACCUCGGGAACCAGUGCAGGGAGGAUAACGGGUGCAGGGAUGAGAGUUAUUGUAAUGGUCAGGGAACACAGUGUCCUCCCUCCCUACUCAAACAAAAUAAAACUGUGUGCAAUGAGGAGUUCGUCUGCUUUCUAGGGGAGUGUACAGGAUCUAUCUGCUUGGCCUACGGUAUGGAGUCCUGUCAGUGCUCCCAGGGGUUGGAGGACCCUGAGACAAGAUCUUGUGAGCUGUGCUGUAAACUACCCGGAGAUUCAAACCCUUGUGUUUCCUCUUUCCAGAUGAAUACUCCGCCCCUGGAUAUACCAGAUAUGUUCAGUAAACCUGGCACACCCUGUAAUAAUUACCAGGGAUACUGUGAUGUUUUUCAAAAAUGCAGAGAGGUUGACCCGUCUGGUCCUCUGGCAACUCUACGAAAAAUUCUUCUAUCAGAUCAGAGCUUAGCUUCUCUACGACGUUUCCUAACUAAUUACUGGUAUUCGGCUGUCAUCGCUGCCGUAGCUGUCAUAGCUCUCAUGGUUACGAUUGUGAAAUUCUGCGGGAAGAAGACUCCCUAUGUGCAACGAAGACGACGUAAGCCUCGAAGUGUACAUCAUGAAGCUGAUGUAGAGGAGGGUGGAGGUAUUCAGUCUAACCUUGACGACGCCACAGUUCAUCCAACCACCUUCAAGCAUCAUAUCCCCUUUCUUGGCCAACGAUACAAAAAGAGAGAUGAAACAAAUAAAGCAAAGGAAAAAUCCCGCAAACGUGAGCGACGAAAAUCCUCUAAAAUUGAGGAAGUGAGGGAGGAAACACCGAAGGAUAGAGCUGGAACCCUGGCUAAAGGUUUAACUAAGCUGAUUGUAGCACUUCCGCCCGUUUCAUUAGAAAUACGAGAACAGCGUCCUAAACUAAAGAACAGAAGCCAGAGCGUUGAAUCAGAAACCCCUGCCGCUAGAAACAGGUCAAGUAGUCCUUCUAAAUCCCGGAAACCUAAACCUCUGGAUCAAAUGAAAAAAUUGUCUAAAUCAGCGACAACCUUGAGCAAAAGCUUUGAGAAACUGGGAGGAGAGGAGAAGAAGAGAAAGCGGAGUAAAUCCAGGGACAAACCACGGAGUAAAGAUCGGAGUAAGGAUAAGGGUGAUAAACCAUCCACAGACCCAGAACCCAGAGAAGUCACAAUUGCCAAGCUGGGUCCCUUCAAGAUGAGUUUAGAGCUGAGGGAUGCAGGGAACCUGAUAUUAAAUCACAACAGGGUUGCCUCACACCCGGAGAAACCGGAUAAACCCAAACCUAAUCCUAAUAGACACAGGAGAAGAAAAUCCGGGAAUACAGGGAAGGAAAUUCUCCGACAAAAAUCCGAGGUUCAUUCUGAUCCUGAUCCACCAGCUUUCGUCUUAAAAUCCAAGAAAGACAAGUCCAAGGAGAGAGUCACUGACAAGGUUAUUGUCUCUAAAAUAUCCAAAUCAGACCGACCUAGACGAGAUCGUAGUCCGGAGAAGAGAAAAGAAUCUCGAGUUAGUAACCCUAUUGGACUAGAGGACUAUCGACUAACCCUGAAUAAAGGUUCCGAUAAAGAAUAUGAGCAAAGUAAAAAGUUCAAGAGGUCCGUGAGUCAACCCAACCCUUCCCCAGACUUAAUAUUAAACGAGCUUACAGAUAGGAAGGAUAAGAGAACCUUAUCUACUACACAGUGUGAUUGGAUCGAAUCAGAGAACAAGAAGCCGGUUAAACGGAGCAGCACAACCAGAGAAGGAAGCAGGAAAGGAAGCCGGGAGCAUGAUCUAGGAAAGAGCCAGACCCUCCGAGUGAACAAGGAUGUCCGGGUGUUUGAUAACCUUGGGUUCGAUAAAAGUCCUGAUAUGCGACGGCAGCGUAAAGCAAGCAGUAGCAAAUCCAUCUCGGAGCUUCGGGAUCAACUAGAGAUAGAACUGAAAAGGGAGAAAUUAAAACAGAGCUCAAACUAUAGUCUCAUUGAACGCAGUAGUCUUUCAGACUCUUCCGACUCCAGCGACGAGAAGAGAAAGAGUCCCCCUACUCAAACUCAGAGUUUAAGUGAAGAGAGUUCUGGAGGCGGGAGCAGAAGAACUAGAAACUCUUUUGCUGCUCAGUUUGAUUCGGACAGUGAUCUUAGUGGAAGCGAAGUUGGUGGAGACAGUCCCCAGUUUGCAGCUAAUCCGUAUGUCCGGAUUCAUCCUCCUGUACUAAACCUCGAGAUUGGAAUAUCUCAACAAGGCUGUGAAGAAACAAAAGAAGAAAAGAAGGAGUUGAAGAAAGAAGAAAAUAAUGAUAGAGGAGUGGAUAGUAUAGAAGUGAUAGAAACAGUAUAUGAGGAUACAGACACAUGCAGUAUCAUUACUGAUGGCAUGCCAAGCAAUCAUUCAUUCACUAGUGUUUAGUAGGAUAAAACUUUUAGUGAUUUAAUCUCAAGAACUAAAGAGUGUCAACCCAGCCCAAAAUAUAGUUUAUAAAAAAUGUGAAACAUCUGCGCGCAGUUUAAAAACUUUAUUGUGGAUCAAGAUCAACACCAACAAUAUUCAGUUUCAAACCACAACAUGUAGUCAAACCUAGAUGAAUAACUGAAAAACGUAAGGUAUAAUUAACAUAUAGAACAUACGUACAUUGAACUUUACGCCAUUUUAAUACAGAUCCAUCUUGUACAACAAAUCCUAUCUUCCAAUAAUCUACCAAAACACAAACUGCAACCAAGAGUGAAGCACAAAAAUAUAGGAUUAAUAAAUCCUAUAAAAUUGAAGUGCUCAUUUCUUCUGCCAUUCGAACUAUCUACAUGCCAAAUUCUGCAUUAGAUUAGAUGCAUAAUUUGGACUAGAGGUAUAGAAGAACCCAUUUACUCGAUACUUUCUGGCAAACAAACACAAUAAUAAGAAAAUAAAAGAUGGAUGACAAAUUAUUGUCGAUGAGGAAAAAUGUAAACACAUCCGAAAAUGAUGCAAGUUUUCACAAACAAUGUUUGGAUAGUUCCAGAACCUAAAAUUAAGGAAAUUAAUACGAUCUUAUAUAAACUGUGAACUGUGAAUUCCUUAAUACCAAUAUUUAUCCUAUAGUUUAGAAUUAUUUCUAUAAAUACAAAUGUUAGUAAAAAACAUGUAUUAAACUGUCAUUUAGUUAAUCAAUCAAUCAUGUUACCUUUUAACCAUUAUACUUUCUGGACCAUAGCGUUUAUUACAGGGUGUCCAGGAACUUAUACCUUUAGCUCAUUUUAAUACUCCUAUUCUUGGACACCCUGCAUAUUAAUACAUGCUUGAAAAAUAUUUUUAUAAUAUGUUGUAUUGCUGAGCUCUAUGUGUAAUUGCAAAUGUAAAUACUAUACGUAACGUAUAGUAUUUUAUCUGUAAAUUAUGUAAAAACCGUAAAAUUGUACAAUGUAUAACGUACAUUAUUAACUGCUGUACACUGUGCAAACCCAACCCUGUGUCAAACAAUCAUUCAAUAAAUUAUCUAAAUUGUCCAA